CGCUGCGAGAAUGACAACAACACAGCAUGUUCCUCUGAAAGCUUGUUGAUUUCAAGAUGCCUUCUGAGCGGAGAUAUUUCCGUGGACCAAAACUUGAUGAGGCGUCUUGGCUCGGAAGAGGCCCUCAGACUGAUGAUAAACGACAUCAUCGAUACAGAGGCUUCCUUCUUAAGGGAGAAGAAUAUCUUGAAAAGGACUUUGUAUUUGUGUCAUCAGAAGACAAGGAUGAUGAAGAUACAGCAACAGCUUACAUUGGAAGAAUCAAAGCUUUAUAUGAUAAAAGUGUAAAGAAGGAUGUGAAGAAGACGGCCAGUUUAGUUUGGUACUGGCGCCUCAGUGAGCUCCCCAAGCAAGACUUGUGUAAACUAUCGGAUGUGGGUGAUGACCGUGAGGUGUUCCUCAACACGGACAAGUUGGUGGCCUGUGAAGUUGAUGUGGAGAGCAUCAUUGGCAAAUGUGUGGUUGAGCAACUGACGUCUGCACCAGUGGGAAAGCAAACAAGAGAAACAGUGCCUCAUUUUUUUGUGAGAAAGUCCUACCGAAGGGGAAAGUUCACUGACUUAGCUGCGGCUGAUGAGGACUGCAAGGAAAACGCCAAUACACCGUCAGGAACUCCUGCCAAAAUGAACGGCACCACAGGCAGACGGAAUGGACUUUUGGAUGAAGAACGGUGCCAGCCUAUUAACAGAGUGAUGAAGAAUAUGAACAAGUCCCCCGAUGUAAACGUCAAACGUUUAGGAAAUAGUCAGUCACCAAUUAUCCCCUUGCAAGGACCGAUGUUUAGUGGGGAGAAAAGAUCUCCAGUAAUUGAUUUAACCAGCCCGAAACAAGGGAAUUCCAAAUACCGGUGGUACAAGGGUGCAGAUGUGUCAGAUUUCCUUAUGGUGGAUGACGAUGAUGAUGAUGCAAGUGAUUUUGGCAGUGUGUCGAUUACUUCAGAUGUUACAAGCAGUUCUGGAAUAUCCAAAACCAACAUCAACAAAAAUACAGGAGACAAAAGCACUAGGUCAGCAAGAAAAUCUCAAGCAAAAUCCAAAAUGGAUGACAAAGAGUCCAUAGAUUUGAAUAACAAUGCCACUCCACAACCAGAGGAGAGAAAAAGUGUGCGUAGUACAAGAAAAUCUGUGAAAAAGGACACAAGAUCUGGUAUGACAUCUGCUCGGUCUAAACGUGGGUCAGUGGAAAGUGACCAAGGGUCUGGUAUAUCCAAACACAAACGAAGUAGAACUGAACCCAAAAAGUCUAAGAGGUCAGGGGUGAAAACUCCAUCUGUGAACCAAGCUGGGAAAGGUGUGAGUCGGGUAUUGAGUAUGACAGACAAAGUUAAACGUGUACCUACAGUUGUAGUGAAAAGAGUGUCGGAAAAUAAUUAUACAUCGAUACGAAACAACACACCAGAUAGUACAAUGCGUCCAGUUCGCCGGAGAUUACAGACAGACGUUGAUGCUGCAAAAAAGGGUGCAGCAAGGUCACAACCGAGCAGACGGUCAAAAGCUGUUAUAAGAAAUAUGAAGGAGCUGGAUGACAGUCUAUAUGACCCCACCUACACAGACUGCCCAGAAACAGAGUCCGAUGAUGCUGAUGAUGCUGAUUAUGAUGAUGAUGGGGAGGAGGAUGAAGUGUUUGAAGCAAAGAAGUCGACUAGGACUCCCAAAAGCUCAAGGAAGCCAUCAAAGUCAUCAAGUGCUGUGAAGACUCCCAGACAAGGCAAGACACCUCGGGGCAAGAAAUCAUUCAUAGAUACAGUAACACCUUCAAUUCCGAGCCGUAGAAAAACAUUCAUGUCACCAACUAGUGCCCUUGAAGAGGCCAGAGCGAGACUUCAUGUAUCCGCAGUCCCAGACAGCUUGCCCUGUCGAGAUAAUGAGUUCUCGGAUAUCUACACGUUUGUGGAGAGUAAGCUGAUGGAUGGAACUGGAGGAUGUAUGUACAUAUCGGGGGUGCCAGGAACAGGCAAGACGGCCACUGUGAGAGAGGUGAUGAGGUCGCUGGUACAAGGCUGUACUGACGGUGACGUCCCUCAGUUCAAAUUCCUCGAGCUCAACGGCAUGAAGCUCACAGACCCCAGACAAGCCUACGUUCAUCUACUAAAGGAUCUGACAGGUCAAAGGGCUACACCUGAACAUGCCAUGGAACUACUGAACAAGAAGUUCAGCACACCUGCCCCCCGACGGGAGACAGUUGUCCUGCUCGUGGAUGAGCUGGACCUGUUGUGGACACGGAAGCAGGACGUCAUGUACAACAUCUUCGACUGGCCCACGAAGCAGCAGGCGAGACUGGUAGUCCUGGCUGUGGCGAACACGAUGGAUCUUCCUGAGAGAAUCAUGAUGAAGAGGGUCUCCAGUAGACUGGGUCUGACUAGGAUGACGUUUCAGCCAUACACAUUCCGACAACUGGAGGAGAUUGUGGAGUCACGUAUGAAAGGCCUCAGAGUGUUUGAGGAGGACGCGGUCCAGUUGGCCGCCAGAAAGGUUGCUGCCUUGUCCGGAGAUGCCAGGAGAGCGCUGGACAUCUGCCGCCGAGCCACCGAGAUUGCAGAGACAGAAGCCAAAAGAAAGCAGACGGUCAUCAUGAUCGGGAUGAGGCAUGUGGAUGCUGCUCUGCAGGAGAUGUUUACUUCACCUAAAGUUGUGGCCAUUAGGAACCUGUCAAAGCAUGAGAAGCUGUUCCUGCAGGCAGUGGUGGCGGAGUUCCAGAGGGCUGGGAUUGAGGAGGCCAUGUUCUCCAAGCUAUACACACAGCAUAUGUCGCUGUGCAGGUUCGAAGGUCUGGAGCCGCCAUCAACCACUGAGCUGGCAGCCAUGUGUUCCCGGCUCGGCAGCUCCCGUCUGCUACUGGUGGAGCAUGGACGCAACGACCUUCACAUGCGAGUCAGACUGAACGUCAGUCAGGAUGACGUGUUGUAUGCCCUGAGGGAGAAGUCCGAAUACAGCUGAUGAAGCAAAGGAUGGAGGUGUCCACACUCCAAACCAAAAGACUUCAUUGAUGGAUAGAAGAGAUGACGGAAAAGAUGUUGAUAUGACGCCUCUACGUUGGUCUCUUGAAGAGGCUUAAAUAUGCAAGACCUAGGUGUUAUGUGCCAGUUGGUUAGUUUAUUGAAGCUAACAUCAUCUGUGUUAUGAGAAAGACAUGGGAGAGGAGUUUUGGAUAUGUAUUGACAUCAUGUCAUCAGUAUUCUCCAAAGAUACAUUGGAAUUGUGAACAUCUUCCAAGUUGUCCUUGACCUUGUGAUAUUGCAUCCUGAAUCCGAAAGAUCACCAUCUUUGAAGUAGUUCUUCAUCAUGGGCACAAUGCAUCAUGUUUUUGUGUGCUAUGCAAUGCUAUUCUAUGCAGAGAUAUACCAACAUCAGCCUUGGUCUAAAAGGACUAAGACCGACUGAUUAUUCUCAUGUUUAGGAGAUGAAAUAGAAAGUUAUUUUUAGAAAGUUAUUUUUAUAACAAAACUUUAUAUCAAUUUUCUAAAUGUUUUGUCAAUGUCUGCUUAAUUCAAUCGUUUCAGGUACGAAGUUAUUAAAUUGUUUAUGGUGUUGCAUGUAUUCGUUUCAUAGCAAGCGUUAGUUGGAUGUUGAGACCGAGCAUGUAGACUUUCACUAUGAUACUAUCACUUUCCCCAAACUUUACCAUGUUUAUAAUGUAUGCACCAAAAUUUUUUAUGAAGUCCUUGAAGAAUGUGUGAAUGAGUUAAGUGUUUGUAGUAUUGAUUGAACCUAAGCCUUCCAGUUGACUGAAUGGAAUACUGUUAACUUCGCUGCAGGUUUUAUUUAUGAUUCGUGACAUCCAUAGUCCUUGUUUUAGAGGAACUAAAUUGUAACUUAGCAAUUUUAAAAGUGGAAAUUGACCAUAUAGGUGUGUAACAUCAACGUCAUUAAAUCAGAUCAAAAUGCUCGCUACUGCUACACUUAGGUUUGAGGACAUCCCAAUGCAGGUUCAGCCGUAGCGAGAACCAAGAUCUGAAUUUUUAUGAGAUUGAUAUAACAUGGGAGCAAUUUGCCAGUCCAUAAAACAACAUAUUCUUGAAUCUGUGCAAUACAAGGUAAUUAAUCUGUGCCUUCUAGGUUUUGAUUCGAUGUACCAAUAAUGCAUUGAUACUGGAUGGUUUGACAAGGAAAAAUAAACAGUGUCCUUGAUUUAAA